AAAGUAUGAGGAGAUUUGAAACUGUGCGUUACAGUGACGUUUAGACUGGAGAUAAAUAUGAUCUAUACACCUCUAUCUAUUUUUAAAGACGAUAUAAAGAAGGCUGUUAUUUACUUAAAUCAUCCAACAUCUUUACCGGAGACACUUUUUAAACGACUAUGGAAAAACGGUAUUAUCUCCUAUUCAUAAUAGCUGUUUCUUUUAUUCAGCUUACCCUGUAGCUUUUGUAGAUGGGUUUGCAAAUCAUAUUUACAGAAAUAUAAAUCACAGAACUGGUUAUUUCCCACAUUUUUUGACUGGAGAUUUUGAUUCUAUCCAACCGGAAGUUUUAGAAUUUUAUCGCUCAGCAAAGAAUGUUUCAGUCAUCGAAACACCCGAUCAAGAAGAAACUGAUUUCACAAAAUGUGUACGUAUAAUUAUCAAUAGUAUAGAACAAAACAAUGCAAGUCGCAUAUAGUUGAACAAUUAAUUUGAGCGUUCAGGCGGAAUUAGAUGUGCUCGUUGCAGUGCAAAUGAGCGGUGGAAGGUUCGAUCAUGAAAUGGGAUUAAUUAAAACUCUAUAUGAAACAAAGAAGUUAACUAACAUUCCAUUGCUUCUGGUGAGCGAGUGCUCAGUUACGUUCUUGUUGGAUGAAGGUGAACAUACUAUACGUGCUAGCACAGGAUACGAAGCACAACAUGUAGGUUUAAUACCUGUUGGACAACCAUGUCAAGUAACAACUACAGGUCUUCAAUGGAACUUGGAUAAUGGGACACUUUCAUUUGAUGAUAUUGUUUCAACUUCGAAUCGAUUAUUAGAUGAAAUUGUCUAUAUAAAGUGUAAUCGACCUUUACUUUUUACUAUGGAAUAUAAAAAUGAUAUGAUUAACUAGCGUGAAUAUAUGCCUAGAUCAUUGUUCUUGACUAGCCAAUGAUAAUAUAAGUUGAAAAGGUGAGACAUUCAUUACUUCUUUCAAUGAUUGCAAUUCAAAACACAUUUUAAUAAUA